GUGGGCGUCCGCAGCCGCUCUUGGGCCUCGCGGUGGGGAUCGCCCGUUGUCCUUCUCCUCCUUCCCCGCAUCCCACGAGAAGCCGGGGCCGCGCUGUGGCGGCCGCCUCCCUCCCUGGGCACAAAGAGGGAGAGGGAAGGCGCUCCCAAAGCUCUCAAGGCUCCCGGGCCUGCGGCUGGGGGAGCGCGGCGGCCCUGGGCAACGUGGGGCGCGAUCGUGUCUAUGCCUCGAACGGGAUUUUAAAAUUACUUAAUACCUGGUUUUGUUGCAGUGAAGAUAUAUUUUUCUUUACUUUUUUUUUUCCUUUGUUUUUAGCAUGAACGGAAAGGGGGGGGGGGAUAGGAAAAAAUAAUGAACUGAAGGGCGGGGAGAGGAACAAAUCACUACCUUCUCAUCGUGAUACUGAAAAUACUUAUUUAAAUGUUCUGUAAUAUGUAUACAUAAAAAACCAAAAAUCUGAGUCCACACAAGAAAUCUGAUCUAAAAUAUACACAAAUCUGAAAAUCGGUUUUGUUUGGUUCAUUAACUGCACAAGUAUUUUAUAUAAAAUAGAACUCUUCUAGCAGAGGGUUUAUAGUAUUCCCUGUACUCAAAAAAUUUCCUACAGCUUCAUUAGGCAACUUCCCUGGGAGUCUGACAGAUGUAUGUUCAUAUUUAUUCUCCUUGUUUCAGGAUAGAUAUCCGGGUUAAAAUUAGUGUCUUGAUCACAAGAUUGUGGGUUUCUUAAAAACCCAGUGUGCAGUAGGGAAUGGUCCCAUCUUUUGAGAAAUUUAAAAUCAGAAUAAUUUAGGUUGGAUAAGACCUCUAAGAUCAUCGAAUCCAGCCAUUAACCCAGCACUGCCGAGCCCACCACUAAGCCCUGUCCAUAAAUUACACAUCUACAACAUCUUUUAAAUACCUCCAGGGUGGUGACUUGGGCAGUUCCUUGAGAAGCCUAUUCCAAUAGUCAACAAGCCUUUCUAUGAGGAAGUUUGUCCUGAUAUCCAAUAUAAACCUCCCUUGGGACAACAUGAGGUCAUUUCCCCUUGUCUUGUCACUUGUUGCUUGAGACCAACCCACCUUCAAUCUCUUUUCAGGUGGUUGUGGUGAUAAGGUCACCCCUGAACUUCCUUUUCUUCAGGAUAAACACCCCCAGCUCCCUCAGCUGCUCCAGACCUUUCCCCAGAUACUACACAUAUCUUCAGCAAGCUCAAGCAUUUUACUCGUUUCCAUUCCAUCAGAUGAUGACUGCAGUGCCCAACAUGGAAAUGAUGACUGAGCAGCCGACUCUAGAGGGCAUUCCAGAGCCAAACAUUGCUCAGGAAUCUCCAAAAGAAGUUAAAAAAGGGGGAAGGAAAAGAAAAGCCAAAGCAACUGAGCCAAAGCAGCCCAAAAAGCCUGCUGCUAAAAAAGAAAAAUCAGCCAAGUCAAAAGGCAAACAAGAAAAGAUCACAGAUACUUUUAAAGUAAAAAGAAAAGUGGACCGUUUUAAUGGUGUAUCUGAAGCUGAACUUCUGACCAAGACUUUGCCUGAUAUUUUGACCUUUGAUCUGGACAUUGUGAUAAUUGGCAUAAACCCUGGCCUGAUGGCAGCUUACAAAGGACAUCACUACCCAGGACCUGGAAACCAUUUUUGGAAGUGUCUGUUCAUGUCUGGUCUAAGUAAUGAACAGCUGAACCACAUGGAUGACCAUACCUUGCCACAUAAAUAUGGGAUUGGAUUUACAAACAUGGUUGAGAGGACAACACCUGGAAGCAAAGACCUCUCCAGCAAAGAGUUUCGGGAAGGAGGGCGAAUUCUGAUGCAGAAGCUACAAAAGUAUAAACCUCGUAUAGCAGCUUUUAAUGGAAAAUGUAUUUAUGAAAUUUUUAGUAAAGAAGUUUUUGGAAUUAAAGUUAAGAACUUGGAAUUUGGGCUGCAGCCACACAAAGUGCCAGAUACAGAAACUCUCUGCUAUGUUAUGCCAUCGUCCAGUGCAAGAUGUGCUCAGUUUCCUCGGGCACAAGAUAAAGUUCAUUAUUACAUUAAGCUGAAAGACUUAAGGGAUCAGCUGAAAGGCAUCACACCCAACACGGAGGUCCAGGAGGUGCAGUACACAUUUGACUUGCAACUUGCACAAGAGGAUGCUAAAAAGAUGGCUGUCAAAGAAGAAAAGUAUGACCCAGGCUAUGAAGCAGCAUAUGGAGGAGCUUACUGUGACCGUGCACUAUAUGACACUGACCAGUGCAGCUUGUCUUCAAAUGGAACUGCAGGAAGCAAUCCACAGUACUGCGAAGGGUCGUCCUUCAGUGAGGUUCCUAAUGGACAGUGGAUGACACAGUCCUUUGCAGACCAGAUUCCAGAGUUCAAUGCUGGCAUGACACAGGAAGAGGAGGGAAGCCACAUGUAGGAGCUGUUCCUCUCGGCUAUGCACACAUGCUGCAGUUUUAAUGCAGUGAUUAAGAUUGGUACCUCGGUUCUCCAACUGAAGCAUCUGAACAGUAUUUCAUCUCCUCUAAUUAUUUUAUUAUAGUCCAAAGUAAGUGUGUGGUAGGCUGAAAUCAAUGAACUAGAUAAUUUUAAGGAACUGUCCAAAUUUUUUUUAAAAGUUAGCCCUUUUUUGUAUAUGAGUUUUAUAUUUAAUGUAUACCAUUUCUUGCAGUUUUGACAAAUUGCUUUCUCAUUUGUGAAGAUUUCUUUGGGGUGUUAAUUUUAUUUGCCAUUUAUUCCAUAAAUGGCAACAUGGUAGGAACAGCAGCAGUGUACUUUUUACUGAUACCUCAGUAUUUGGAUAUCUCUUAAUACUUUUAUAUCCAGAGGGAAAAAUGGAAAAUGUACCCUUACCUUGUGUGAAGUGGUGUUUUUAAUCAUGCACAGUUAAUGGUGCUUUUUAAGCCUGCCUUUUACUGCCUUAAAAAGUGUAGAAAAUUGUGUUCUGCAGCUAUGGGUGCUGUCUUCUGGAUGGGAUGAGAGAGCUCUGUCUGUUCAGUGAGUGUACCAUAAUUGAGGAUGAAAGGAGUGAAGACAUCAUCCACAGUCACAACACUGGGGAGGAAAACUUGUGUCACACAGGACAGGGCCUAAAUAUUCUAGCUGAGCUCUCUUAGGAUAAGGUUUCUCUACCACUCCAUCUCUUUCCCCCUAAAUUCCAAUGUAAGGAACUAGAAUUGGUUUAAAAAAAAAAAAGGCAAAAACAAAGAGCAGUAGUAGUUCUUGAAUUCUGUGGUAUUUAAACUCCAUCAUUUUCAUGAAGUUAGUCCCUUCACCUGACCUUUGGCAGGAGAUAACUAUCCCUUUGAAUGAGACAGAGAAUUGAAAGACUGCAUUCUCUUUAAAAGUCAUGUACAGCUAUGUCAUUUGCAUCAUGUACAGGGUGAAAUAGAUUUCCAGUUUAGCAGUUUUUAACAUUAAGCUCUCUUCAAUCUGUAGUACCUUAGAGGGUGUUCCCUUUAUUCCACUUAAAAACACUGAGUUGAAUACAGGGACAACUGUUCCAUGAAUAACAAGUUGUCUGUAGAAACUAUAACUCUCUUCUGAGGAACUUGCCUAAAUGAUACACAUUUUUGGCCAAUAUUAGUGACUGAGAAAAAAAAUUUCAUCCUGGUGCCUAACUUUCAUCUUCUUUCCCUCUUUUAUCUUGUGAGGAAAAGAUGAAGUUAGAGCAAUAAGCUGAUCAAAACACUAAAGUUUUGAUGAUCUUAUGACAUUUGGUGCUUCACAUACUUGAAAAGAGACACAAACAGUGUCUCCACACUCCAUACUGGUCAGAGAUUCCUGUACCAGUGUGAUUUAUCCUCUCUUCACAGGUAGUGACAGUUGUCAGUUGUGUGUAACUGGUUAGUGUAGGUUCUAAUCCUGCUCUAACCCGUCUUACAGAGAUCACACACUGUCAACUUGUUGUGAGGCAGGCGUGAUGUUUACAGUUUCUUUCCAAAUUACGUGGCUUAAUUCUGAGAAUCUUCAAUUGAGUGAGUGUGGAUUAUGAUGCUGAUUGUGUUUAUUAGCUGCAGCAUAAAGCUGUUCCACAUAUUGUCAGAAAGGUAUAGGACUUGUCUGUUAUUUAAAGUGUACUGUAUCAUGUAUUGCUGUUUACAUGGAUGUUUUCCUGCAGGUGCUUGAAUUAUCUUACAUCAUGGAUUUGUUACAAUUUAGUUUUAUUUUCAACAAAAUUAGAAGCAUGAAAUUAGCACUGCUGAGUUGCACAGUAGGAUGUAACUCCUGAAAGGCUAUCCUGUUUGAUUGAAAGAGAAAGGUCUCUUCCUUAAUGAAAUCACCCACUUGGUUAUCUGGGUAUAAAAUACAGUUGAGUGUACAAUGACCAUUCCACUAAAUACUAUAAUUCUGUGUCCUUCCUCAAAACUGGUGCUCUUUUUGUUACAGUGAUACAGAAGUUCUUAAUCUGUCUUAAAUCUAUCAAUGUUUCACAAUAAAAUCAGGAAUAGUACUGCA